AUGACAGCACUACGACCGGUCCCAUUUCGAGAAAACUUUUGGGGGGAAGGCGAUGCGGGUAUGACGACCUUGAUAGAGAAAUGUGGUUGUAGCGUAGCAGAUUCUGAAAUCCUGCUGGAAUUCUUCAUUGCAAGAGCCGAGGUAGAACAAGAGUAUGCAAAGUCCCUGCAAAGUCUUGCGCACCGGUACAAGCCCACCCUCGAAAAACUCCACACACCCUCCCUUCUCACAACACUUGAAAAACUGCUCAAUUUCACCACGACACUCUCAAGAGCUCAUCGGCAAUACGCGACCAAAGUGAAUGAACAAGUCGUAGAGCCUUUACAGACUUUUAUCGAAAGCACGCAAAAGAGGGUCAAGAAAAGCGUUGAAGGAGAGUUUGAGCGGGCAAACAAGGUUUUGGAAAAGGAGACGAGUGGACUGCAGAAACAUGCUAGAGAGUUUAUGGGCAAAAGCAAAGAGGUGUGGAAAUCUGUUGAUGGGAUUAUGAGGUCUGAAAAGACGGACAAGCUAAAGCAAGAAGCCGACCGCGCCGAAUCCGAGUAUCGAAGCGCCCUUACACGACUCGAUAAAGCCCAAGACGACUGGGAAGACAAAAUGUGCUCCCUCCAAGACACGAUCCAAGAAACCGAAAUGGCACGCAUUAAACUCUACAAAUCGAUAUUGACCCAAACCACCGAAACCCAAUGCGAGAUCCUUUCUUCUUUUGCUGGUAGAGUUAUGGACGGUAUGCGGAAAGCCGCUGUGGAGGGUGUUGAUCCUAUUGGGGACUGCAAUGAGUUUAUACUGGCGUAUGGAACUGGGGGAGAUCGUCCCAGAAGAGUUGUCUUUCAAAGUGCGGUGGAAUUGGCACGAAGUGGAGAUGCUGGGUACAUGAAACGAUCGCCGUCCAGAAAGUCAUUAAGCGGAUCCAUGGGACGACGAUCGUCGUCCAGAAAGUCAUUAAGCGGAUCCAUGGGACUAUCUUCUACUCCAUUGACACCACAGGAAAAACGCAAGAGUGUCAAAAGAAUCUUACCUGAAGCCCGCCGGAAAUCGGUUGCAGAGCUCUUUGCAAGUACCAAUAAGCAACAAACACAAGAACCUACCAUGUACCGAAGUAGAUCGAGCAACCUCCUUUCUGAUACAUUAGCAGAUCCGUCAAUCCUGCCACCUCUCCCUCCCAAAACCCAACGCCGCGAACUACUCCAUGCCCUAGGUCUAUCUGACUCGUCUUUAUCAAAUCCAUCUACACCCUCCUCGCCCAAAUCAACAUCUCGCUCCUCAUCCCGCUCCAAUAACCUUCAACUCCCUCCAGGGACCAUACCCUCCUUUGUUGCACCUCCUCGUGGUUCACCCCGUCCGGGCAUCCAAGAUACGUUCCGAUGCACCGAGGAACGCCAGUCAAAGCAUAAUAAGUCAAAAAGUGGUGAUAACUUGCACACUCAAUUUGUAUAACCCCCGCAUUUAUCUUUUUGAAUUUUAUGUGAUUAUUUCAUUUUCUCGCUCA